AUGAGAACAAAGCAGCUCCCAGUCCUCUGGGCAUGCUUCCUCCUGUGGAAUCUCGUCUCCUCCUCCCAGACUGCUAAUCCUGGAAUCAAGGCAAGGAUCACCCAGCGUGCACUAGACUAUGGUGUUCAAGUUGGGAUGAAGAUAAUGGAAGAAAUGGCGAAGGAAAUUGUCAUCCCAGAUUUGAAAGGCUCUGAAUCUCUUGAGUUCCUGAAGAUUGACUACGUAAAGUACAACUUUUCAAGCAUAAAAAUCAACGCCUUUUCGAUGCCAAAUACGUCACUGGCCUUUGUGCCUGGGGUGGGGAUCAGAGCACUGAGCAACCACGGCACUGCCAACGUCAGCGCCAACUGGGAAGUCAGGGCUCCGCUUUUCCAAGAUUCAGGAGCUGCUGACCUGUUUCUCUCUGGAAUUUAUUUUACUGGCAUCAUCGUCCUCGCCCGUAAUAAUGUUGGUCAUCCAGUCCUGGAACUCCAAGACUGCUAUGUCCAAGUGAGCCAUGCCCGAGUCUCAUUUUCUGGAGGCCUUAGUGUCCUGUAUAACUCCUUUGCUGAGCCCAUGGAGAAACCCAUUUUGAGGAAUUUGAAUGAAAUGCUCUGUCCCAUGGUCAUCAAUGAAGUGGAAGCCCUCAAUGUCAACAUCAGCGCCCUGGAGGUUUUAACCAAGAUUGACAACUACACUGUGCUGGAUUGCUCCCUGAUCAGUCCUCCAGAAAUCACGGAGAACCACCUUGACUUGAACUUGAAGGGUGCGUUCUACCCGGUGGAAAGCCUCGUUGACCCUCCCUUCCUACCAGCCCCCUUCGAGCUCCCACAGAGCAGGGACUCCAUGCUAUACAUUGGCAUCUCUGAGUAUUUCUUUAAAUCUGCAUCCUUUGCACACUAUGUAUCUGGGGCUCUUGGUGUCACACUGUCCACCAAGGAGAUUUCCAACUAUUUCAAUCAAAAUACCCAAGGAAUUGGCAGUCUGCUCUCCAAGAUUGCAGAGAUCUAUGUCCUAUCCCAGCCAUUCAUGCUGCAGAUCAUGGCCACGGGGCCUCCUGUGAUCAACUUACACCCCAACAAUUUCAGCCUGGAGUUCCCUGCUGCUGUCAUCAUGCUCACAGAACGGCAGAACUCCACCAUCGAGCCCAUUGUCUCCAUGGACUUUAUCGCUAGCACCAGUGUUGGCCUGGCUAUUUUGGGACAAAAACUGAUCUGCUCCUUGUCGCUGAACAGGUUCCGCCUCUCUUUGCCAGAGAACAGACAUAGAGAUGUGAAGGUCGUGAGGUUUGAGAAUAUCCUCUCUUCCAUUCUUCACUUUGGAGUCCUCCCUCUGGCCAACACAAAACUGCAGCAAGGGUUUCCUCUCCCCAACCCCUACAACAUCUCAUUCGUCAAUUCAGACAUUGAAGUUCUUGAGGGUUUCCUUCUGAUUUCUACUGACCUGGCACAUGAAACAGUCUCUAAACAACAGCCAAAUCUCCACACCUGGGGAGGUCUGAACCUGCUAAACCGACCAUGGAGAGAACAGCCAACCCGCUGA